AUGACCCUACUAGAAGUUGCAGACACCGAUAUGGGAUCACGCAGAUCUGAAAUUCCAAUUCCGGCGUUUUUCCUUGCCAGCCGCGCUUAUAAGCCGUCCAAUUCCGGCAGCCUGAAUACCAUUGCCCUCUCCACUUUCGCACUACUUGUGUUUGUGAUCCUUGAAUCCAUCUUAUUACCCUUAGUACCACAAGCGUUAGCCAUGGAGAAACAAUUGUCGCUGUCAAAAGCAGGCACGGCGCCUGCAAUUGCAGACGGGCCUCCUCCCCAAUUCAUUGAAAUUCCUCCGCAAUUUCUGCAGCCGCCGGCGUACGCGGGCCAGACUUUUCGUGAGAUUGUGUUCUGUGAUGGCCUAUUCGGCUCAGACACAAAAGCGUUUCCCUCCUACGAUAGCUAUAGGCUAUUCAAGGAGUAUCAUAGCAUUUUCCGGUCUAAUGACGGUUUUGAAACUGCGAAAGCCGAUCAGAAUUUGGCUCGUGGGUUGCCAUUGAUGGUGUCCAAGCGCAGCUGGAGCAUUUGCGGCGGCGACCACAAGUACCUCCGGUUGUACGAGGCGCUUCCGAGUCCUGAGGCUCGAGACCGGCUCUAUGACAAGGCCGACGAUCGCAAGAUCGCCGAUGUGAGGCAGAAAUGCUACUUGCGCUACACCCGUUUCCGGAUGACCAUGACUGAUGGCACCAAGGUGAUUUUUUUCUACCACAAUUCGCUCCGAAUCUUGGACUUCGAGUUCCAGGGUGGCCGUUACCGCUUUUCCAAGACCGACAAUGGCUACCGCACGCAUUUUUCGUACGACUUGUUCUUGCUCCAUCCACAGCAGCCAAGUCUUAUAGACGGUAUGACCAAUUCUGAGCAGAUUGCGGACUCCAAUCCGCUCUUGGGAAGCAGGACGCGCUACAGUUUCGGCAUGAAGCCCAAGGGAAUCAAGUAUCAGGACUUGGUAUCGCCAUACCUCAUGGGCAAGUUCCAGUCAUGUAGGAGUGAGACGUUCUUCAGCAAGACGAACAAAGCAUCUACAUUGAUGCUAUUUUCGCCGAUUUCAGGGGACACGAGUACGAACACGUCCGUGGACCUUCUAUCGUUGCAACUCACCGCAGCUGCGAUCAUCUUGAAGAACCACGAAUACGACAUGAGAUCAAAUAACCAAGCUGCUUCUAAUAGUGCUACUGCUAAUGCUAACGCAGCAACAGUAUUGGCUAUCUCUCAAGGAUAG